CUUUGUAUCAAAACGUAAACAUAGUCAAAAGCUAGAAACAAAUCCGUCCGUAUGGCCCCACCCUGAGACGCCCUUAUUUAUCUAAUAGAUCAUAAACCAAGACAGUCUCAUCGUAUCAACUAAAGAUAAACCAUGUCAACCUGGGUAUUGUUGGCUGCUGUUAUAAUUGGUUUCAACGCAGUUUCCCUGGCAGCCAUCUUGUGUGUUUAUCUCUUAUACCCACAUUACAUUAUACUUUUCAUUUUCUGGGUUCAAGGCUACAUUGCAGGUCUGAAAACAAAGUAUGUCAGUGAUGGUCAAGUGACUUUCUGCUACGGGGAGAAGAAUAAACCCAGAUCUGACAAACCAAGCUUGGUUUUCAUUCAUGGUUUUACUGCAAAUAAGGAAAGCUGGAGUCAAAGCAUUAAAUUAUUACCUAAGGAUCUUCACAUUAUUGCAGUGGACCUCCUCGGACAUGGUCACUCGAGUGUGCCAGGGGAAGAAGUGGAGCUCAGUAUGGACUAUAUGAUGGACACUUUUCACAGAUUUUUAGAGUUGGCAGGUUUGUCUAGUGUCAAAGUUCACCUGAUAGGUAUCUCUCUUGGUGGCAACAUUGCUGGCCAUUAUGCUGUCAGACAUCCAGAGACAGUGGCUAAAGUGACCAUGAUUUGUCCUGCAAUGUUUACACCAGUAGAUUCUGAGCUGGCACGUGGCUUGAAAGAAAAAUUAGCAAAAGGCGUAGAAAAUCUGACCCUUGAGGACUCCAAGUUACUGGCCCGUGAUGUGGAUGGAUUGAAAGAGUUAUUUCAGACUUUGUGUUAUAACAAAUCAGCUUUUCUUAUCAACAAACAGUUCCUUGUUGGUUUGUUGACAUUGCGGCAGCCAAGACUGAAUUUCUUCUUGAGAUUAUACAGAAGUUCAUCUUUACACUUUCUGCCUUCGUUGAGCAAUGUAGCGGCUAACAUAACUCCACCAUCACAAGUUAUCUGGGGGAAACAGGACUCGAUAAUAGAUGUCAGCGGAGCCGAGUAUUUAAAAGCUAAGUUACCUGACUGCCGCCAUGUUGACAUCAUCGACAAAUGUGGGCAUGCCCUAAAUUUAGAGUAUCCAGAACUUUUCGCCAAACACAUUCUGAAGUUUAUAAUGGAGGACAAAGAUAGCAGCAAGAAAUACGAUUAGAGGACCUUCACCUAUCCAUUGGACCGUAACUUACAUUUUAAAAUUGCACUUAACACAAUCAAAAUUUUUACUUGUUUUCUGUAUUGAGUUGUUUUUAAACAACACAUGCCUUCUAUGUAACAUAUUCCAUGGGAACAAGGAGCUUGCUGUCUGAUGUGAAUGUACAUUUUGGUUUUUAUAGUUAUAAAGUAUUGUUUGGUGUAAUGCACAAAUUGUAAGACUAAUUUCCUUAUGGACAAUAAAGAUUAUUAUUGUUAUUAUUAUUAACAUGCUAUAGCCUGUUUUAGAGGCCCCACAAUUUGUAAUGGAAGUAAAGAGAUAUAUUCCACAUUGUAACUAUCUUUAAAUACUUAGAAAAUUUACAUUUCUAAAGGAAUAUGUCCUAAAGAAAAUCUUUAUUAAGGAAAACAUUGUAAAAGCAAAGGCAAUGUAAAGGAAAACAUGUUUGACAGCACUUGCCAACUUGGUCACUGGUUCUCGUAGUUCUCUUUGAUUAGUUUAUAUGUCAAUAACAAAAAAGUUUGCACAAUUGGCUGUGAUAUAUUUUUUUUUUUCCAAGCUGUUUUCCUCUGUGGGAAAUCACCCCAUUCCAAAUGGUCACAACCUUAUAAAGGAAAAAGUCACAAUGUAAAAGUCUCACCAGAACUACCAGAGAAAAGUCUAGACAGAUCAGGUGCAUCACUAUGUUUAAGGAGAAUAUUAUGGCCUACAUGAUCAAAACUUAUUUAGAUGACUUUGACUUCAUGUUUUCAUAAUGCCUGGAGCCAUUCUCUUUGUGAACAGCACUAUAUAAAUUAUUUUCUCUGUGGCAAUUAAUGUAUCAUUUAAUGCAUCUUUUUUACCUUUGCAACUUCUUGUGACCGAAAAGGCCAAAAUUUGAUUCAUCUGCAACAAUAUUAAGUACACAUUUCUAUUCAGAUUUACUAGUAUUCACUAGCUCCAGGACUAGAUCUAGAUGUAGGACUAGAUCUAGAUGUAGAACCAAGUCAGCUGGGCUUUAUAGCUUUGGUCGGCAGCCAGUCUAGGAGACGGAAACUCCUAUAUAACACCUACGGCUAUCUGUGGUUCACAGCCGUCUCAGACUUCUGUGCUACUAUAAGCUGCAUUUAGCUUAAAGAGUGGUAUUGGUCUGCUUGAGCCAAUAAUCUUUAAAAAUACUCUGCGCAGGCUGAAGGCAAUGCAAUAAUUAGCCCAAAAAUGACUUGUCCCAAACGAGUCGAUAAAAGGAUACCACCUGCAGACAAUGGUUAUGCUUGCCCUUAAUGUGGCAAAAUAUGUAGGUCACAGCUGGGACUGCGCAGCCACGGGAAGUACUGCAUUCCUCGCUAAUCUUCGGACUCAAAGACUAGCCUUAUUAUUUAUUCAGCAGACACUGAAUUGUUUUCAGCCUUAUUCCUGUUUUAUUUUUUAAAUUCUAUCAAUAAAUGUUGCUUGUUGUAAUUGCCAGGUAUUUUUUUUUAAAUCAACCCUUUGUGAUCACAUUUUAAAAAUUUUAUACAAUUUUAAUAUACUGUUAUUAUUCUGUACACCGAGUGAAUGUUAUUUUUGAAACAAUAAAUUCUUUUGUUUUUAAUCUUU